GAAGAGAUUUCGACCAUCUUUGUGGUUGGAUUUCCUGAUGACAUGCAGGAACGCGAGUUCCAGAAUAUGUUUACGUUCUCCUCCGGCUUUGAGGCUGCGAUCCUCAAGAUCCCAAAUAAGGAUUAUACGGCGUACGGGUCGCCCAGCGGCACGACUUCGACAGCUCCAUCUGGCCUCCCUCUCCGUGGUGGCCAGCCACCUCGAAAAGAGAUAAUAGGUUUCGCCAAGUUCCGUACUCGUCAGGAGGCGCUUGAGGCGAGAGAUCUGCUUCAAGGCCGCUGUAUCGACAUCGAGAAAGGUGCAAUUCUGAAGGCCAAAAUGGCGAAGAAGAACUUGCACACCAAGCGAGGCGUUCAAGGUAUGGGU